AUGACGGCUGAGAUGAGGAGAGCCUAUCGACACCUGGCACUGGAGUACCAUCCUGGCAAGAACAAGGCUGAGGGCUCUAGGGAGAGGUUCCAGCUCAUCAGCACGACCUACGAGAUACUGAAGGAUGAGGAGGAGAGAGCAAACUAUGACUACAUGCUUGAGAACCCUGAGCAAGUGUACCAUCACUACUAUCACUACGAUCUUCGUCUAGUGACCCCCCAGGUGGACAUCCGAGUGGUUGUGGGUGUGGCCAUCAGCGUUAUCUCUCUGGUCCAGUACCUCGGCUGGUGGCACUCGUACGAUACAGCCAUCACUGCAGCUCUCUCAGAAUGCCAAGGUGAGACUAGUUUGCAAGGCAUCUCAAAACAAGUUAGGAACCUAAAAGAUGCAUUUAGUAGCUGUUGGUGUGCUACCAUACGAUAUCGUGAGGAGCUGGCAGUGGAGAAGGGGUUGUUGAAGGAGGGUCAGAGACGGACUCAAGGGAGGAAAGUACAAGGAGGAGAGGAAAGAAAGACGGCGCUGCUAGACAAUGCCAAGUACAAGAAGUACAAGCUCAUGGUAGACGACAUCAAGUGGGGCAAGAUUGCAGUGCUGCUGUUCUUCACGAGCGUACUAGCCAAACGAUUGUAUGAAGAGAACAAGACUCCCUUGAUAGACAGUAUCAUUGGAUGGCAGACGACAUUUCUUCAUGACUUCACUCAGUGGAUUCUCGAGCAUGGCGGUUGGGGUGCCAUCAAGGGAGCAGUGAGUAUUGAUGCCUCUGAGAAAGCCAAAGAGAGAACUGAAAACCAAAGACCUUGA